AUUGCAUUGCAUUCGCGACGUCCAUCUUUGCACCCACAUCCCAUCGCGCACCAUGUCGCAGCCAGCAAGCACCGACUCGUCAAAAACCGACAUUGAGGCGGGCAAGACGGGCCCCAAGUCGCUCGUCGCACGAAGCGUCGAAUACCUCCAGGCCCAGGUGGAUCCUAAAAAGUGUAUCUGGGUCUCCAUCUAUGCGUGUUUCUUGACGGGCUACACCAGUGCCAUGUCCUUCUCGGCAUGCUUCAUCUGGUGUGGUUUCCAGACGGGCAACGUCGCGCAGCUGGGCAUUGCCAUUGCGCGCGCAUUUGACCCAAUCGGAGAGCGGACAUAUGGCUUCGAGAAGCCCGACCAGCAGGCCGUGUGCUCGCUGCUCUCGUUCCUCAUCGGCACUACGCUGGGCCGCAUCGGCGACAAGAUCGGCGCCAAGCGCCGCACCUGGCUCGUCCUCUCCAGCCUGCUGCAGGUGCUCCUCGCUGCCGCGGCCACCCUCGCACACCACUACUCGGGCCAGAGCGGAUACGCCGGCACGCGCCACAACCCCUCGUGGACCAACCCGCUCGGCUUCGUCGCCCUGGCCUUCAUCUCGGCGUCGCUCGGUCUCCAGGGCAUCAUCGGCAAGCGCAUCGGCUCCCCCAUGAACACGACCGUCGUCCUGACCACGACAUGGGUCGAGAUCUUCAACGACCCCCUCCUCCUCGCAUUCAAGAAGGUGCAGUCGCGCGACGUGCGUGUGAGCGGUGUGCUUGCGCUCCUGUUUGGCGCGUUCGUCUCCCGCGCCAUCUCGGGCGGCGGUGGUGUCGUCGCGGCCCUUGGCGCGCUGUGCGGCUUCCGCCUCCUCCAGACCGUGUGGUGGAUUCUCACGCCCAGCCCCCCUGAGGUUUAGGCUUAGACGUAUCAUAGAGAUAGAGGUUGUAGAGGGGGGAGGAGGUUCAUAAUGCAUGCCGCUGGCUUCUUGGCACUGUG